AAACGAACUUGGAAACACCGCGGAGGGAGAAAGAGGGAGAGAGCGAGAGAGAAACAAACUCCCUGCAGUUGUGAACGAAAGUGUUGCGGUGCUCGGCGGCUCUGGACGCAGACACACGGCGGCAACAAACACAUCGGCGUGUAGUGAACAUCUUGCGGACCAAAUCCACGCAUUUCCUCCGUCCCGGGAGACACAUGGAAGUUUAAACUUCGCCUCAAACUUUCGACUGCGCUUCUCUCUUUCAACCGGGACUCGGUACCACACACACACACACACACACACACCCGUCGGUGUGUCUGUUGGCCUCUAAACCGACGCGUCUGUCCGCACAUGUUCGUGCCCUUUUGUCGCAGAAACAACCAGGUGUUGAGCUGCUGACCGCCCGCUGCCUGGCUCUCAUUCCCCGGGGUCCUGCGCCGGUUACGUCGGUAGUUUUCCUGUGAACGGACGGUGACGCACGGACUUCUUUGGCGCUAGUUACCAGCUUUCGUGCAACUGUUCUCAGCGGACAACAGCAGCGAGGAGCCGCCGCAGGAGGAGCAGCAGCAGCAGGACGCUCAUGGAUCCUCCACCAGGAGAGAGCGAGCUCCGGCGGAGGAGAAGGAACCCCGCUGCGCUCAACAGGAGAAAACCACCGGUGGAAACCAUGUACGCCGUCGGUAUUUUCUGCCUCCAAGUUCUGUCCAUCCAGGCUGCUUCCAUCCAAUUCACUAAGGAACCCAAGUCCCAGGAUGCCUUGCAUGGACGCAGUGCCAUGCUCCGCUGUGAGGUCAGCGAUCCGGCUGACAUCAGUUACAGCUGGCUUCACAAUGGCCAGCCUCUGGAGAACGGCGAGAGGCGCUUCCAGGAGGGCAGCAACCUCAAGUUCACCGCAGUGGACCGGCGACUGGACGCAGGAAACUUUGAGUGCGUCGCAGAGAACACGGUCACAGGAGAGGUGCUCCACUCCACCAAUGCCUCCUUCAAUAUCAAGUGGUUGGAAAGUGGUGGUGUGACUUUGAAGGAGCACACCUCAGAGGGAGAGGUCGACAGCUCUGCACCAGUGACGUUGCGUUGUCAUAUUGAUGGCCACCCGCGGCCGACGUGCCAGUGGUUCAAGGACGGGGUGAAGUUGACCGAGAAGAGCCAUCAGAUCAACAACAAGGAGAGGACACUCACCUUCAAAAGCGCCAGUCCAGAAGACAACGGCCUGUACUAUUGCUGUGCCAAGAAUGCAGCGGGCCACGUCUGCAGCAAUAGCAACUACACUCUUAACAUCAUAGAUGAGAGUUUUCCUCGCGCAGUGGUCACCCCCGAGGACCAAGUUGUGUUGCGAAACGAGGAGGCCAUGUUUCGCUGCCAGUUCACCGCCGUGCCAGCACCUGCUUUGGAGUGGUACCAUGAAAACGAGCUGCUCGCAAACAAGUCUCGUGUGAUUCUGCGCCCCGACGGCACACUUGUGAUCACUCAAGUGAAGCCCAGGAACACGGGGACCUACAAAUGUGUUGGCCGUGGCCUCAAAGGAUCCCAAGUUACUUUGGAGGCCUCGCUCCUCAUAGCUGAGUUAGACGACAUGGUGCCUAAGAUGUCAAAGGUGUUCACAGCAGACACCCUACAGAGGGUGAGCUGCCGACCCCCGCGCGGCAGACCUGAACCCAAGGUGUGGUGGGAGAGAGGAGGUCAGCGAGUGCCCACAGAGGGUAGAGUCUUCCAGGACGGCCUGGACCUGGUCUUCAGUCCUACAGAGGAGGGAGAUUCGGGCAUCUACACCUGUGUGGCUCAGAAUAAGGCGGGGCGCAGAACACAAGAGGUCACGUUCACUGUGGCUACUGCCCCUGUGUGGGUGAUGAGGCCUCAGGACAGCCACUUAGAUGAAGGUAAACCAGGUUACCUUCACUGUCACGCUCAGGCCAACCCUGAACCUGAGGUCACCUGGCUCCGCAACAACAUCAUGAUCACACCUGAGGACUCUCGUUUUAAGCUGUUCCCAAACGGCACCCUCAGGAUCAACAACGUCGAGGUGUACGAUGGACAAAUGUACGGCUGUGAAACCAAGACAGUAGGCGGCCGACUGUCUGGACAUGCUAAAGUUACUGUUCUUGAGAAACUUAAGUUCACCCCGACCCCCCAGCCUUCUCAGUGCCUGGAGCUGGAUAAUGCAAUCACCAUCCAGUGUUCUGCUAAAGGCAGAGAGAGCCCCACCAUCCGCUGGACCAAAGCAGACGGAGGCGAGCUACCGCCGCACGUAGAGCAGAGGAACGGCCAGCUCCACUUCACCAAAGUCACCCGAAGUGACGCUGGCAACUACACCUGCAUUGCGUCCAACAGCCUCCAGGGGGAGAUAAGAGCCUUGGUGUCCCUCAUCGUGGCCGUGUACAUUCGCUUUAAAUUGGAGCCAGAGAAUACAACGGUGUACCAAGGUCAAACAGCCAUCCUUCACUGUCAGGCCACUGGUGACCCAGAGCCUCACAUCCACUGGAUGGUUAAAGACAAGAUGCUGGACAUCAGUAAGAACAGGAGGUUCCAGACGAUGGAUAAUGGUUCGCUGUUGAUUAGAGAUGUCACAACGGAUGACACGGGCAGAUAUACCUGUGUAGCCGGAAACAGCUGCAGCAUCAAAGACCGCGUGGCUCAGCUGUAUGUAGUGGCAGACAAACCAAUGAGUUCCAAUGAUUUGGACGAGGACAAGGCUCCUUACAAGAUGAUCCAAACCAUCGGCCUGUCGGUGGGAGCAGCUGUGGCCUACAUCAUUGUAGUGCUGGGUCUCAUGUUCUACUGCAAGAAGAGACGCAAUGCCAAGAGACAGCAGAAGGGCCAGGACGGAGAGGAGCCAGAGAUGGAGUGCCUCAAUGGAGGAGCUGUUCAACAAAAUGGCCACACCACUGCUGAGAUCCAGGAAGAGGUGGCACUCACCAACAUGGGUACCAUGGCAACAACGGAGAAACGGCACAGCCAUGUCAACAACGAUAAGCUCCACUUUCCGAGGGCAAACCUGCAGACAAUCACCACUUUGGGUAAAGGGGAGUUUGGUGAGGUGUUGCUUUCCAAAGCUAUGGGUAUUGAAGAGGGCCAGGAGGAAACUGUGGUGCUGGUGAAAAGCCUGCAGACCAGAGAUGAACAGCUGCAGCUCGACUUCCGCCGCGAAGCUGAAAUGUUCGGCAAGCUGAGCCACCCCAACGUUGUCCGCCUGCUGGGCCUGUGCAGGGAGGCAGAGCCUCACUACACCAUCUUAGAGUACUAUGAUCUGGGAGACCUGAAGCAGUUCCUGAGAAUUUCCAAAAACAAGGACGACAAGGUCAAAUCUCAGCCCAUCAGUACCAAAACCAAAGUUUCCAUCUGUGCUCAGGUGGCUCAUGGGAUGGAGCAUCUCUCCAAUCACCGCUUCGUUCACAAAGACCUCGCCGCUCGAAACUGUCUGAUCAACAGCAACAGGCGUGUCAAGGUGUCAUCGCUCAGCCUCAGCAAAGACGUCUACAACAGCGAGUACUACCACUACAGACAGGCCUGGAUCCCACUGCGCUGGCUCCCAUCAGAGUCUGUGUUUGAGGACGACUUCUCCACUAAGUCUGAUGUGUGGGCUUUUGGAGUGUUGAUGUGGGAAGUGUUUAGUCACGGGGAAAUGCCGUAUACUAAACUCAGCGAUGAUGAGGUGCUGGAAGGUCUGAAGACGGGGAAGCUGAAGCUUCCCAUUCCAGACGGAUGUCCCUCCAAAAUCUACAAGCUCAUGGUGCGCUGCUGGGCGCUGAGCCUCAAAGAGCGCCCGUCCUUCACCGACAUCGUCCACGCUCUGGGAGAACUGCCCUCUGACAGCAAAGUCUGAGAGAACAGUCACCCCCCCCCGACUCCAGAGAGGAACUUUUUUACCAAUGUCGUUCCCUGGAGCCAAACAACAGACAGAAAUGCUGGAUACAAGUCUCACAUUUCAGGGAAGAGGGUUGAGGAAAAAACACUUAAUAUAUGCAUUUCAAAAACGUGUGUGUGUGUAUAAGACUUCUUUUGCUAUAUCAGUGGGAACACAUGUGCGUGAUGGCUUGUGGUAAGCAGUGACAGGAAUUUACGUCUGCCUUGGAUGACUCUCCCCUCCAGUUCCUGUCUGUGGUUUUAAUCGUGACCCUGCCUGCCUGCCUGUCUGUCUGUCUGUAGCCGCUCUUUCCCAGAGACACUUUGAUUCAUGGAGCCUCACAAACCUUUAGUGCCUCUAACCCUCUUACACACACACACUCACCUAAAUUUCCAACUGCGUUGUGGGGAUUGUAAUUUGCUCGGAUUAAAUAGAAAUUGGUUGGAAGUUGGAAGAAGAAAACCCCUGAAAUUUAAGUUCACUGCUCUGUUAAAUCCUCAGUAUUUGCUUAUAAAUUGAAAAAGAGCCCUGAAGAAGAAAGUGUGGGAUAUAAUGUGACUAGAGUGGACUUUGUUUCCUAAAUAUUCCGUCAUUCAACCACACUCGAGUUGAGUGAGACUUUUUCAGCUGCUCUGCUUGAACUUACAAUCCAGUCAGCUGCUUCCUGGGUCCAUCACCACCACCACCACCACCUUCAGUCUGGAGGAGACACCAUCUACUCUGUUCAUCAGGGACUCGCCACCUUUCUCCAGAGUGUGUGUGUGUGUCUGUGUGCAUGCACACCACUCAACUCGGUGAACUUUUGAAGUGGAAGUGGGUUUCUACGAAGGUCUGUUCAAUGUUAUAACGACGCUUCAGGAACAAAAAUCUACUACAUAGCCAAGGAACAUGAUGAAUGGAUGAGACUGUACAAGCAUGGGCUUUGUACAUUUGUAAUGAGUGUGUUCUGUUCUUGUAUUAACUUUGAGGUGCUUAUCGGUCAUUACCCGUGGGUAAGAAUACCCAUUAUUCCACAUUACUAUCAUCAUGUCGUCUCAGUUGCAGGGACGCAGCUGUUGCCUGCAGCGCUAUCUUCAGAGGUCCAAUCACAGUUUCCCCUCCCGGUCCACUUGUUUUUGUACAAGGUUGCAAAGUGGACCCGCACACCAGGCAAUGUGUACAUAAUGUAGAAGCCAUGCACUAACUUCACUUAAAGGAAUAUUCCUCUUUAUCUGUAUCAUGUCAUGUAGAAGGACUUGCAGGUGCCUGUUUAUUUAUGAUGAAGGUCCUGUGUUGUUUUUUUGUGUGUGUGUGUUUUUUUACUAUGCUUAUAAUAGAAAGGUACUUUCUCUGAUGGUAUGUGUAUUCAUUCUCAUGGUCCAUCAGUGUGUGUUCAAGCUGUCAACCAGCUGAAUAUGCUAACACAAAGUACAAAGGAGGUCAAAAAGAGUGACUGCUGGUCACAAGUACUCAUGUAAGUGCCUGGUAAAUGAAAUGAAGGAUUAUCUUAACUGUUUCCCUCUUUUUUUACAUUAUCUAAUCAAAUGCAAUGGCCUGUGUUUAUGAACUUGGUUUUUUUAUACGUUGUUUUUAGUGUAAAGUCUUGUUUUUAUGAAUGCUAGGCACUCACACCUAGGCCUCUUUUUUAAUCUGCUUCAGCAAAUGUUCACAAUAAUCACAGAUAUACACAAAAGUAUACAUGCUGCUGUCAAUAAAGGUUCACAGUGUUUUUA